AGAGCCGUGGUUAUCAACAAGCCGCCAAGGGCAACGUCAGACUUCAGCUGCUAAAACGCCCUUUACAUUACCCGCUGCGCAUUACCGUGGAACACGCUUGUGCGGAGUGCUUGGAUAAAAAAGUGCGCACUACAAAUAUUAGUAAAUAGAAGACAGCUUCCGUGAUCUCCGUCUAAUCUCUUGUGAUUUUGGCAGAACAGAACAGAACAGAAGAGUUACCAUGGAGUUGCCGGAUAUCCCUUUCCCUAUCAGCUCUCCAGAUGACUUCUACGACGACCCUUGCUUCAACACCAGCGACAUGCAGUUCUUUGAGGACCUGGACCCGAGGCUCGUUCAUCUGGGUCUCCUCAAGCCUGACGAACACCAUCACAAAGAGGACGAGCACAUCCGGGCACCGAGCGGGCACCACCAGGCCGGCAGGUGCCUCCUGUGGGCCUGCAAAGCCUGUAAGAGGAAGACCACCAAUGCUGAUCGCAGGAAAGCGGCUACCAUGCGGGAAAGAAGGCGACUGAGUAAGGUGAACGACGCCUUCGAGACACUGAAGAGAUGUACGUCCACUAACCCCAACCAGAGGCUGCCCAAAGUGGAUAUCCUGCGGAAUGCCAUCAGCUAUAUUGAAUCUCUCCAAGGCCUGCUUCGUGGGGCCGGACAGGAGGACAACUAUUACCCGGUGAUGGAUCACUAUAGCGGGGACUCGGAUGCAUCCAGUCCCCGCUCCAACUGCUCAGACGGAAUGAUGGAUUUUAAUGGCCCACCUUGUCCACCAAGACGGAGAAACAAGUAUGAUAGCACCUACUUCAACGAAAUACCAAAUGAUUCCAGAAACAAGAAAAACUCUGUUAUUUCCAGUUUGGACUGCCUGUCAAGCAUCGUGGAGCGCAUCACCACGGAUACCUCUGCCUGUCCCGCUGUUCAGGACGGUUCCGAGGGUAGCAGCCCCUGUUCUCCCGGGGAUGGUUCCACAGCGAGUGAGACCGGAGCUCGCAUCCCGUCCCCGAUCAACUGCGUCCCCGCCUUGCGUGACCCAAACACCGUCUACCGGGUGUUGUGAAGUCGGGUCGGUGGACUGUAUACAGUAACUGUACAUUGCUCAAAACACAACUUUAUUCCUUAUGAGGAGAGAAAAUGCCAAAGACUUGCCAAAGGUCGUUACAAGGCUACACACCAAAGAAGUUCCCAUGCCGGCUUUGAAAGACAGUGUCCAAUUUCUUAAAGAACCCUUGGUCUACAUUGGAUAAUGUGUGUGUGUGUGUGUGAAUGUGUGUGUGUGAAUGUAUUUAUACUGUAGUAGGCCUAUGCUAUUCUAAGAUAGUACAAGUCUGAAUUCAUAUAAACGGGAUACCAUUCUAUUUGUGAUCAAUAUAAUUUCAUUGAGGGAUUAUGUGUAAUAUGAUCAUUUCCAGUUGGCAAGGCGGAAACGCCUGAGAUAAAUGAAUCCGGAAGAUGAGGACCAUUUUGUAUAUGUGGAAAUAAGAGCUGCUUUGCAAAAAAACAAAAAAAAAAAAAAAAACAACAACACACAGAAAGUGUAUGUAAUCAUAUUUAAUGUUGCUCUUGGAUUGACGUGUCAGACGUUUAACUUUAUAUUUAUAAUAUCAAGAACGGAGUGAAUCACAUUUUAAUAAAUACAUAUUUAUAUAUA